AUGAAGCCUCCCCUUGCAGCCAAAGCGGGCAAGGCGAAGAUGCCGGCCGCGGAACCGCGCGAGGAGGCAGAGACGAGAAGGAAGCAGGAGGGCGAAGAACGAGCAGCGAGGAUGAGAGAGGACAUGAUGCGCAAGGAAAUGGCGUUUCAGCAAAAGCGAGAGCAGAAGAGAUACCAGGCCGAGCAAGACAGGCUCAAGGGAAUUCCGGCCCAAGCAGUCAGCAAAGUCGCUCAGCCUCCCAAUGCCCGCAAGUCAGUCAUGAGCAGCACGGCCCACCUCGCUCGUCCGACGCCAGUGUCACGCGAGCAACGCAGGCGGGAUGCCCUCUUUGCUGAGGACGGGCCUUCGCUGCUGAUGAUCCCCGUACCGAGUAGGAUCGAUGUCGGACCUCACACGCUUGCAAGAGGUCGCCUUUCACAGGGCUCAAGCUCUGAUCUACAGCGGGAGCGAGUGUCACCUAUGCCGACCAAGAGUGGAUCGCACGGGAGGUCAGCCGUGUCGGCUCACCAGGCUGGAGCGCAGCGUCAUGAACGUGGCAAGACAGCACUGCCCGAUCUCGAGCUUGCACGUACUUCCGCGAAGCGCGACAAACGGUCGAUCGAGGAAAUUGAGGACGAUCUCAAGCUGCAGCGUGCAGGGCAGUACGGCUCUCCAGCAGGCAACGAUGCGAGAUCUGCCACCACCUCUGAAACAUCCAAAUUUGCGCAAAAGACCGCAAAGACAUCGCAACGUCAUACCGCGCAACGCGCAGGACGACAGAAGCAGGACCGGAAACAUCCGAGAAAAGGCGAACAGGCGAGCGUGGGCGGGAGCAAGAGCGUUGUCGACCAGCAAUCCGAAGAGGAAGAGAGUGUGGAUAGCUCCGAGAUCGAUGAUGAGCCGUCGCGCAGGCCGGGCAGUUACAUCUGGCAGCUUGUCAAUGGUGACCGCCGACGUCCGCAUUACGAUAGUGACGCGUCGUCGAGCGAUAUGGAGGCCGAUGCCGAACAAGUACGCAGAGAGGAAGCCAGGGCUGCUCGGAUCAGCAGGCGCGAAGAUGACGAGCUUCUGGCGGAAGAAGAAGCGCGACGGGCAGAGAAGCGUCGGCGCCUCGCACGGCAACGGGCAAAGCAAGCAGAGCCAUCGAACAUGAAUGUUAGGCAUACGCCGAGCAAAGGCACAUGCUAUCGACGAUGCCGGCGCGAUUGCCAUGCUUUCGAGCGGUCACUCGACAGCGACCUGGUCUCUUAUGAUGCCCUCCUCUUGCCGCCUCGCGUUGACAUCGAUCAGCUGGUAGAAGAUGGUCAAUAUGACGGCAGUGAUGCCGAGUGCAUUGGCCAGGUUACUCAGGAAGACAUCGCUGGUCAGGAGACCGAGUCAGAGGCCCAGCUUUCGAGCUUCGAGGAGCCAGAGCGAUCGAACGAGUUGGCAAGCCUGUCGCUCAUACAGCGCCUCGUCAGCCUGCAGAUCGCGAGCGGUCGCAUCAUGGCAGACAUCAAGCCCAGGAUCAAGUCGCCUAGACAGACUCGAUCGACGAGGAGCUCGCCCGUCAAGCACAAAGACGUCAGCCCGCCUGCAACGCCGGCCAAGAGGCGUAGGGUCAAGAAGGAGGAAGACGAAGACGAAGACGUGAAGCAGUCGCCCAGACCCUCGCCCCAGCUGGCCAAGAAGCUCAGACAGCUCGAGACGUACAACCAGACACCUUAUCCUGACUUUGCGCGACCGUCCGAGGCAGACUGUCACUCCGUUCUAGAGGCGCUCUGCACGGUUCACAGGCGACCCGAACGACCCGUCAAGCUCAAGCAAGCCAGGCCAGAUGGUCCGGCAGGCUGCGGAAGCGUGCCUGACCCGCUCGAUGCACUCAUUCGCACCAUCCUUUCCCAGAACACGUCAUCUGCAAAUUCGACGAGAGCCAUGAAGGGUCUCAUCGAACGCUUCGGCUACGGUGACUACGCUGCCAUUCAAGCGGCAUCGGUCGAAGAUGUGACAGAAAGCAUCGCUACCGGUGGGCUUGCAAACGUCAAGGCCAAAGUCAUCAAGAAAGUCCUCGACCAGGUCCAGGAGAAGCGUGGCAAGCUCGAUCUGACAUACUUACACGACAUGGAGGAUAUCGACGUCAUGCGCGAGCUCAUAUCGUUUGAUGGCGUUGGCUUCAAGACAGCUUCCUGCGUCCUCCUCUUCUGUCUCGGACGCGAAUCCUUCGCAGUCGACACUCAUGUCUUCAGGCUGACCAAGGCCCUCAACUGGGUUCCAGCUAAAGCCGACCGAGAGACGACGUUCCAGCAUCUCGACGUCAAGAUCCCCGGACCGUUAAAAUACCCUCUCCAUUCCUUAUUGAUCCACCACGGUCGCAGCUGCAAAAAUUGCUCAGCCAAUGGCGUGCUGACGGAAGAGCCCGUAGUCGAAAGCUGUCCUCUGCGACCUUUCCUGCACGGCAAACGCCCAAAAGAUUAUCAGGACGAUGCGCCAGGAGAGGCUGGCAAAUCUGAUAAGAUGCGCGACGAGGAUCGCCAUCCCACGGUUCCGUCGCUGCUCAAAACCGAGGGCAACAUUCAAGCCAAGAUCGAGCCGGAGCUGAAGCCGAAGCCAACAAUGCACGGCUUGCAUAUCUGCAAACUUCGCGACCUGCUCUCCCGUUAUAUUGCAAAGUCCUACGACUUACAAGCCACGCACGAUCCUCCACUCAUUGACUCGGAUGUCGCACUUUUUGACUCCACUCGGACUUGCGUGCAGCAGUCUCAUACAGACCGUUGUCCCAGCCCAAAUGGAGUCUUUGAGCGUAGACAUAUCGCUCCAUCCGUUCAGACAGAGAAGCGUUUGAUGUGGAGUAACAUGCUUGGCCUUCAAGAAGCGCAGGUACAGCCACCUCAAAAGAGACGACGAAGCCUGUAUAUUCUCACUGGCUCUCUCGUCUUUGUCCUCGCCAUCCUCCUGACCCUGCCGAGCCACAACGAUCAGUCAGAUAUCGAUUCUUUGCAUUUCGACAAAGCACAGCAUGGCUCUAUCUGGCGCUGGCUGAGCGAGACAGCUUCCAAUAGUGCUGCCUUGCUGCGUUCUGAGAUCAAGCCAGCAGAUCUGCUCGGCGGCAAGGCUUGGCAUCUGGAUACUUCGGGCCGCAGGUAUGAGCAAGGAAGAGCACAGAAUGUGGAUCUGGUCAGCUUCUUGCACUCCCAAGUGGGCCAACCUCGCAAAGGUCGACCAAUCUGGACGGUGAUCGGCGGAGGUUUCUAUCUGAAGAAUGUCGUGCCCCAGCUGGUUGCGUUUCUGGAAACACUGAAGCACGCUGAUCAUGUCAACACGUUCAAGCGAACGCCCGGACCCAAGCCAGACGAUCAACCUGACGGUAUCUACCGCCCGCUGACUGCAGAGACAACGCCAAAGCCAAGCUUGCUCGUGAUAUGUCUCGAUCAGGCCUGCAUGUCGACUUGCGCCCUCUCUGGUCUGAUGUGCUACAUCUUCGACAAGCUUGAAGAUCUGCCCGAACGAUACAGAGCGCUCAAGGCAGAGAAUAAGAUCGAGUAUUUUUCGAUAGGCUAUCAGAAAGCGUCAGCACUCGCAGAGAUAGCCGGCGCAGGCUACUCGACCGUCUCUUCCGAUCUUGACAUUUUCUUCCAAGGCAACAUCUUCGAGUAUCUGCACGACAUAGAUGAGGGCGAGUAUGACAUUCAAAUGCAAGACGAAGGCGGCGAUACGCUGAACAUCGGCUUCUUCGCGCAGCGCGGUACGCCAGCUGUCGCCGAACUUUGGCGACAGGUGGCUCAAGACGUUGCGGAGCGCAACGCAUGGGACCAGCCUGCAGUGAACCACUAUUUACAGUCGAGACCGAUGCGCAGUCAUAAUCAGACCGUAUGGCCGCCGUCAAAUAACUUCGUUGCUCCGACCGGUUUGAAGGUCUAUGUCAUCGACAAAGCUCGUGUCUGGGGACGCACCAUGGGCUGGACUCCGCCGGCUAGCGUGGUGGCUCUGCAUCUGACCUGCACGGGCCCUAGGGAGCUCAAGGUAUACGAUGCCAAGGAAUGCGGCUUCUGGCACGACGUCGAUCAUUACUAUACCGAUCCUCCUCGCAUCCUUACCAUCGGCGCGCUUGCGGGCGACGAACAAACAGUUGCACGCCAAGUCAAAUUCGUUCUCGCACUAGCAAAUGCCACGGGUCGAGCAUUUGUCCCUCCAUCGCAAGUCUAUGUCACCUCGGAUUUUCCGGGCAUCUCCGAGAUCGAAUUCCGGCAUUUCGUCAGCAAGGGACAGUUCCCUCCCACGCCGGAAGACCGCUUGCGCGCAGCGAACCAGACAGGCCUGAGACUGCUCGACCGCCCUGCAAUCUACCACCGCAGGUUUGCUUCCGCAAUCAACGUCGUCAAACUCAUGAACACUACGAGCGUAAAGGUGCUGGAACCCUCCUAUCUACGGUAUGCUCAGAGGUACGCGUUACCCACCGACGAACCGCUACUGGCAGCUAGACCUAUCGAUACAAUGCUGCUCGCCGGCUACGAGCAAACUCUCCAGCUGCUCCAGACAGAGCCAUACGCCUCACUGCACGCACUGACGCUUAUGGAUCAUAAUGAUGUUGCUCGUUUCACGCCCCCCGAUGAUGCGGAUCAAGUAACGAUGUGCCGCACUAUCGAGACAGUGCAAGGCUGCGCCUCGAUCUGCCUGUAG